UAGGCCCGUUUCCAGUUUCCACCGCGACCAGUGAGUCGAUGGCUAUCGCCGCCGUUCGCCGGCGCUUGUGGCGCGGGCUGGGGACUGCGGCCGCCGCCGUGGCCUCGGGGACGGACGGGAAUCUGCUCGCUCGCCUGGUCUCGGAGCCGGAGUGCCGCGUCAAGGCGACCAUGGAGGAGGCUGCCUCCUCGGGGACCCACCGAGACGGCGCCUUCUGGGAACCCCUCGCUGCCGCGCUCCUCCGCGCGUCGUCUCCGACCAAGGCUCACCUCAUAUUGGAGUGGGAACUAGAGAAGCUGCUGAAGGAAAACAUUCAAGAUUGCGAGCCCUACUCGAGGAUAAUCCGUUUCUGUGGUCAGACAAGGAAUGCAACGCUUGCAAUGAGAGUUUUCGAAUGCGUGGAGGCGAAGGGAAUCCAGCUGAACACUAACAUUUUCAAUGCCCUUAUUAAUGCUUUCUUGUCAGCCGGUGACCUCCUUUCUGCAAUGACCUUAUAUGAGAGUAUGGAAGACAUGGAUGGUUGCAAUCCCAACUCAGCUACAUAUGAUGCAUUCAUCUGUGCAUUUUCGCUGCUUGGAAGUGGCCAUGCUAUGAUGAGCUGGUAUGUAGCUGCAAAGAAUGCUGGGUUUACGCCAAGUAUUCAAACUUUUGAAUCUUUGAUCACAGGGUUUGUUCAGUUGAACAUGCUAGAUGAUGCCAAAACAAUUUUUGAGGAAAUGAUUGCCUUGGAGAUUAAGCCAAACUCUACUAUUUUGGAGGCCAGUCUUGAGAUUCUCUAUAGAAAGGAGGAGGCCAGCAGAGUCAGAGACUUUUUAAAACGUGUAAGUGAUGGCAAUUGGGAGUUGAACAAAGCUAUAGUUGUGAGGUUGACAAGAAUAUGCCUAGAUGGAGGGGAAAUAGAUGAAAUGGAGCAGCUACUUGCCCUAAUACAAAAGGGACCACACUUGAGUUCUGAAACACAACUGCACCAUGGAAUUAUCAGGUUCUAUGCUAAGGCAGAUCAAUUGGCAGAUAUGGAGCAUGCGAUUUACCGGAUGUUGGACAACGGUGUGGUGUUUAUGUGCCCAGAGGAUGUUGAGGUCAUAAUCUGUUCUUAUUUUCGUCACAGGGAGUUUGAUAGGUUGGAUCUCUUCUUGAAUCGCAUCCGAAAUUUGUUCAAGCUCAACAGGUCUACAUAUGAUAUAUUGGUUGCAGGAUACCGAAAGUUUGAUUUACAUGAAAGACUUGAUUCAACCAUAGCUGAUAUGAGGGAAGCUGGAUUUGCAUGAGCUCACAAAGAACUAUCUGUGCACCAUGACUUUCCACAGUAAUACUUUCAGAAUCCUUAAGUGCAUCAAGCCUGGAAAACAAAAUCCGGGGUUGAUUUUUUUUUAAGUUCAGUUCAAAAUUGUUUGAUCAGUUCUAUGUUUGACAUGGAAAAUAUCUCGGAUUCAGAUGAAUGAUCAUGUUAGGCUAUUGACUUUGCAUGUGUGCAUGUGAGAAGCAUGAAGUUACAUGGAUGCUGGGCUCAGGUUGAAGAAGGUUUUACAUAGAAAGAUCAAUGAGGGGUUCAUUGAGAACUCAAGAAAAUCUAGUCACUUGUCAUCUAGUUAUGUACUGUAAUAUAGGUAUAUCGAUGCCCCAGGUGGUAGCAUGUUUCACCAUUUUGCUUGUGUUCUUCAUUGAGAUAACCCAUUUUUGAAACUCUGAUUCCAGAAUAUAAAUAAAUUUCUUGCAUCCUUCUCCAGUCCUGUAUUGUGCACUGUACAGUGUUCAACAAACACUUACAAAUUUUGCUUUAAGAUGGCAAGAUACAAUACA